UUACUGACACCUACUAUGGCCGAACGCCACACCAGUGGGCACUCAGGAAUGGAUUUGCGAGAAUUGCGAGGCUACUACAGUAGCGGAUAGAUUUAAUUCCCGGGCAUAGAGAAAGCCCGCGACUAACCGAGGUGUUCUUCCCCCACCCGUCCGAGCCAUCUGAAUCCCCUUCCAAAAGGCCACGCGGGUUUUGAUCCCCAACGGUAAACUCGACACUUCUCUCUCCUGAUAGAUACCAGCUGUACCCUCCCUACACGAGCAAAGUUGGCAAAACGAAAUCCUUAGCCCGCCACACACAGCCCUUUGUAUGCCGAUCGACAAGAUAUUAUACCACAAACGUCAAACCUCCGAACCGUCGGGUUCGAAUCCUUCGCUAUCUUCUUGGCAUAUCUUGUUACAGCAUUGCUUAGGUUCAGUUCAACCUAUUUUGUAUAUAUCCAUGGCCUAUUUGUGAUUUCCUAUACCCCAUUCUCCUUCCAUAUGCACCCUUGUAUCUUCCUUAUUUUCCCUAUGCUGAUUGGCUUAAGUUAUUUCAUGUUUUUCAAUCACUGACCUCGUACUUCUAUUAUUGCAUAAUAACCGUGUUGUGUUAUAAGAGGGGGAAAUGUAAGCUUCAUAGACAUAGACAUAUAUUAGACGUAGACAUAUAUACUCCACCCACGAGAACAAAUGCGCCGCAGGAAUUACUGGGAAAGAGUUUAAGGUGCGUGGUUCAUAGAGUUUGCUCGAUAUUUUCUCUCUUCUCCCACUUUUUCCCCUUCUUCCGCUGCCACCUAUACUUCGCCACCCCCCUGUUUCCAUAUUUAUGAGAUCAAACUUUCGUAUUAAUACCAAAGAUGCCAUAGCUUUUUGCUCCCUCUUAAUCCGAUCAAAAUCAACUCAUACCCUUGCUGCUAAACAUGCCCCCAUUCCCACUCUCACCCGGGGAGGUCUCUCACAGGCGUUCUUAUAGGACGGCUUCUCUCCACCCUGUCUUUCGCGACCCUGCACCGUCUCCGGCCUGUGAGAGACAAGGUUCGAAUCCCCUUGAUCUCAAGGAUUCAUGACGCAUGGCCAGCGCCACAAUAGUCCACAAAAUAGUCCGCUAGUACAUCUCCACUACUGGGAACAUGAUUGCGUCUCUAAGAGUAUGUUGCUUAUAGUAUGUUACUGGCGCCUUACCGCAGAGCAAAAUUAUAAGGUACAAUGCUGGAAGACGGAAACAUUACCUCGCACUGUGAUGUUAAAUUCUGAUGCAGAGCGACAGUGUAGUUUGCCAUAG